AUGGCGGAAAGGAGCUUGAGACAUAGCAAAGAGUUUACGCUGCCCCGAUCGUUUAUAGACACGUAUUUCAGUGUGAUCAAACACGUGGAUCACCAAGAGGUGUUGACUUACCCCAUUCCAGCCAAGUUCCAACAGGAGAAUCUGGAUGUAUUGGACCAAUCGCUUUGGGAAUUUGUUGAGGCCAAGCCGGAUUAUGCAAAGACGACGAUAGCAGAUAAACGCGCGAAGCAGGCUUACAAGAGUGUGGCUUCGAUAGUAUCUGACCUGAAAGUGGCAUCCAUACUCAAGAUUGUCGAACUACAACGCGGGACUAAAGAAUAUAUUCAGGUGGACUCGUUCUACCAAUUUGCUGUUCGUUUGCUUUUCAAGGAGUGUCUACAAUUGCAGUUCGAUCUAAAAGCAUUCGAGACAACGGCUGACGAUCUUUCGCGGUUUGAGCUUCAGCUGCUGAAAGAUUACCAGGAUGUGGUUGGCGAGUUCACCAACGCUAACGGCGAAUCCAUCAAUGUGAUGCGUGACAGCAAUUUUCCCCUGUUCACCUCGUUAGAUCAAAGGUCCAGCCUUGACCCCAGAGAUUCGAUUGUGGGACAGCCUUUCAAGACCGUUAAGAUUGUUCCAUUGGUGAACUCAAUCCAGUCCGUCACAUUGGGUCAACUAUCUCCAUUUAACCCAAAAACGCAGCAGCAUCCAGCCUCUGCUCCUACAGAUUUGCUAAGCCAGUUUUUUCAUCCUAACUGGUUCGGACUUCCCAUUGGCCAUUGGAUACGCGGAGACUUGUAUGGGAGCUUUGCACCAUUCGUUGAUGACGGAAAGACCUGUAUUAGUUUUGAGAUGAGAGGGAUCACAUGGUUGGAACAGAUCGGCUUCAGGAAACUAGCUGAGGAGGAUGUUGAGGAUGAUAUUGAGGAGGAGGAGGAGGAGGAGGAGGAAGAGGAGGAAACUGGAGACGAUGCGAACGGUAAAGACUCCGAAAUGGUGGAUGCCGAUUUUGUUGAGAAAGAGACGGAAUCCGGUGGUGCUGUGGCGACUGUGGAUACUUCAAAAGAAAGCGUUCCCGAGAUCGCAGAAGCUGCAGAAGAGAUAAUCCCUGAGAUCGCAGAAGAGCCUGUCGAUAACUCGUUGAAUGAUAACGUCAAAAUCAAGUUAGAAAACGUGCUGUGCUGGCAUCCACAAAACAAGAUCCAUCCAGACGAGAAACAUGCGAUCUCCAAAAAGCAAGAGCUGAGACUCAUCAACAAGCUAUUGAUCGAUCUGCACAAACUGAGACAGGAACGAUUCAAGGCCAGCGGCGCAGUCAACGUGUCGAACCCAACAAAGGCUCUGGAGCCCUCGUUGAAGGAGCGCGAAACUUAUCACAAACUACAGAGACUGCUGAGAACAGUGAUCCAGACUAGAGGCAUACGGCCAAGCCAGCUGGGGAUUGUCAGCGGCAAGUUGCCCGUCCUGCAGACAAACUACAUAGGCACGCUGCCAUCGCCCGUGGUUAACUCCAAGAGAUUGGUUAAUGUGAGCAAGAAGAAGAGACGGUGA